AUGCUUUACUUUCUCUUGUUGUAUUUUAGUAGUUUUGAUCGAUCUAGAAAGAGAUUAAUUCUAAUAGAAUCUGUAAUCUUAGUGUUAGUGUUAGUUAAUGUUAAUGUUAAUGUUAAUGUUAAUGUUAAGAAGGUACAAAAGAGAAGGGAGAAAAGGAAAGUAGAGGUAGUAGAGUUUAUGUAUCCUAGGAGUCUAGGACGGAUAACUAAUUGCUUAAGUGGUUUAGAGGCGUUUACUUUAGUAACGUACCUGUCUCUAUACGUUUUUAUAGCGAGUAUAGGAGAACGCGUAAGAUAUAAGAUAGAUAUAAGUAAUAAAGCCUUUACUAGUGUGCUUCUAAGGGAUAAGUCUAUAACUAUCGUAUUCUAUAACUAUUACAGUCCAUUGUAG